GGAGCUCGGCGGCGGAGCGGGCCCAGGUACCGGGGCUGAGGGGAGGCCGCGGCCGCUCCGGGCCCAGGGAGUGAGGACAUCCAUCUUUUCCAAUGGAAGAGGAACCAGAAGAAGAUGCAGAGUCAGAUUCCAGUGGUGAAGAUAUCACUUCUGACGAAGAAGAUGAUAGUGAAGUAUCCUCAAAAUCACAGAAAAGGCCUGAGGAGGAAAAGAAGAAAAUCCCAGAAACCUUCUUCUACACAUAUGAGGAUGUGUAUUCAGGACCAUAUGCCACUGAUGACACUGAGAUAUCUACUGACCUUCUUACUUUUAAACAUUCUUUUGGAUAUGACUGUACCAGACCUGUAAACCUGAUGGUAAUGGAUAGACAUACUGUGGGGUAUAUAGCAGGAAACCAGGUGGUGCUCCAGAACCUCAGAACAAAGUAUCAGAAAUACGUCCGGAGCAGCCGUGGUGGUGGAAUUGGAUUUAUCACAGCACACCCUGAUAAGGAGUACUUUGCAGUAGGAGAAAAAGGAAUAAAGCCAAACAUUGUCAUCUACACAUAUCCUUCGGUGAGGCCCUACAGAAUACUGAGAGGUGGAACAGAAGUAGCCUAUGUUUUUGGUGAUUUCAACCGUACUGGCACUUUGCUGGCCAGUGUUGGGAGCAGCCCUGACUACAUGUUGACUAUCUGGGACUGGAAGCAAGAAGAGACUCUAUUGAGGUCAAAAGCUUUUGCACAGGAUGUUUACAAGGUCAUGUUUUCUGCUGAGAAUGAAGAGCAUCUAACUACAGCUGGAUCAGGACACAUCAGGUUCUGGAAGAUGGCUCUCACACUAACUGGUCUCAAGUUACAAGGAGCUUUGGGCAGGUUUGGAAAAACAGCAGUGUCUGACAUUUUGGGUUUUGUGGAGCUGCCCGAUGGGAAGGUUGUCUCAGGAACUGAGUGGGGCAAUUUGCUGCUUUGGGAAGGUGGUCUCAUUAAAGUAGAGCUCUGUCAAGUUGGACACAAGCCCUGUCACGAGGGCCCUGUCAGCCAGUUAGUUUUUGAUGAAGGAGACCUUUACUCUGUUGGAAAAGAUGGUGUCAUUCGGAUGUGGAACUUUGAGGUAGUAGAUACUGCUGAUCCUGUGGAUGCCACAGGGUUAGUGGAGAUGGAGCCUAUGAAUGAACUUUGGCUUGGCAAGAAUGUUAGCCUGAAUUUCAUAACAAAAAUUCAUGACUGUGAACAUCCCUUUUGGUAUGCUCAGGAUACAAAUGGAGCAAUAUGGAAGCUGGAUUUGACUUUUUCAAAUAUGACCCACGAGCGUGUGUGUACCUUCCACUCUGGGAGGAUUGAGGCCAUCAGUGUCUCUCCCUUUACAUGCCUGAUGGCCACCACAGCUCUUGACCGGACAGUGCGCAUCUAUGAUUUUGGCAGCAACAGCCAACUGAGUGUAAUCAAGUUUAAGCAGGGAGGAACAGCACUGACAUGGGCACCGGCUGCUGUAAAUCCUGAAGGAGGUCUGAUUGCAGUGGGGUUUGAAGAUGGUGUUGUCCGCAUAAUUGAGGUUUAUGAUCCCAAACUGCUGCCUGGUCGUGGAGAACAGGCCAGUGAGAGUGUAGAGAUAAAUCUGAAACAAGUUUUUAAACCUCAUGCUGCUGCAGUUACGGCCCUGGCAUAUGAACAAAAGGGAGAUGUGUUUGCCACAGGGAGUAAAGACAGAACAGUUUUCUUUUUUGCUAUUGAGGACAAAUACAAACCAAUUGGAUUCAUCUGUGUCCCUGGACCUGUACAGGCAUUACAGUGGUCCCCACCUUCUCAUGACAAGAGCAUGCUGCUCAUCCUUUGUGAGAAUGGCUUUGCUGUCCAGGUUCCUGCCCCUCUCCCAGGAAUGCAGGAUGCAAUGACCACAUAUCACAUAACAAGCCUGCCAACACAGUACUUCCAUUUUUAUAGUAUUAAAUCCCGAAUCAAGCUGGAAGAGGAGAUUGCACGGAGAGAGAAAGUAAAGCAGGAGAAGGAGAAAGCAAGGCUUGAAUGGAUAAAGCAGCAAAAGGAGAUGGGACUUGAGGUAGAAGAAACUGAAGAGGAAGAACCUGAGGAAGAGCCAUUGCCAGCUAUCUACAUACCAGAGGAGCCCAGUCCCAUCCUCUGUGGCUUUUAUUCAGCACCAGGAAAAUUUUGGCUUUCUUUGGGUGGGUACGACUCAGGGUUUCUCUAUCAUUGCGAAUUCUCACAUGAUGGUGAAGAAGACCCUGAGAAGAGGAAAGAUGAACCCUUUGAAUUGAUUCCUAUGGAGAACACCAAUGACAAUCCCAUUCACCAAAUCUCCUUCUGUACCAGCAACCCCCUGAUGUUCUGUGGGAUGCAGGAUGGCUCACUGCGUGCUUAUCCUCUCAGUGAUAAAGACCUCUCAGUGGAUUCCCUGAAGGACUACUGGUACCUGAAUGUACAUGACAAUGAUAAUGGGCAGAUCCGGGGGAUCUGUUGUAGUCAUGAUGAUGGGUAUCUGAUUACCUGUGGUGGAGAUGGAAACAUUUUUACAUUUGAGCUCUGGUCAGAGGAAGAGCUUCCCAAGGAGCUAAAGGUCAUAAUCCCCCCUCCUAGGAGUGGUCUUGAGAAGGAGAAGGCUACUGAAGACAUCAAGGAUCCUGAUGCCUACACUAUUGAGGAAUACAAGCAGAAAAAGGAGUAUGAACGGAAAAUGAAGGAAGCUGAAGACAAGAAAAAUAAGAAAAGACAGGAGUUAAGUGCACUAAGACAAGACUUUCUUUUUCUCCUUCAAAAAAAUCAGGAGUUGCCCAAGCACAUGCAGUUGCAUGGAGAGGAGUUUGAGAUGGACCGUAGGAUCUUUGAAGAGCUGGAUAGGCAGACACUACAGAGAAUCCAGUUAGUGCAAAAGGAGUCGGCUUGGGAGCACGAGAAACAAUUGAUUGGGCUGCAGAAACUACAAGCACAGUUUCAGGACCCUCUGGAAUUUACUUACACUGUUCAUGCUAUUCAAAGCAAUCAUCAGAUUUCCACCUACAGCCUUCUAACAGUGUCUGAGAAAUACGCCCAAGAUAAGAAACAGGGGGGCAGCAAGUGGGCAGUACUUAAAAAGAAGUGGACAGCAUUUAAAGAGACAGAACAAGCAAAAGAAAAGAUCCCCCAAAAGAAAAGACAUCUGCAUAGAGAAAGUGUAGUUUUUGAAAGUGAGACUGAAAUGCUGGAGACACCAGAGGUCCAAAAGCAAACCACACGUUAUAUAGAAAGCAGACGUGAGAAAAUCAGAAGACUUGUUGAGAAAUAUGAUGCGCUGAAAGCCAAGAUCAUGAAGAGGAGGGCAGAGUGGAAUGAAUUAUACAAAAACAAACCUAGAGUUAACUUUGAGAAUCCCAGAGAUACUGAGGAGAUCAAAGAAGCACAGAAGAAUAUAGGAUGUUACAGGCUGAAGACUGCCACUAACUACACACUCACUGAAGAUGAUCGUAUAAGCACUAAAAAGAAGAUGAAUCAGCUUGCAACCCUGGAAAACUUGAUCCAUAGGAUGAAAGUGAACAUGAACAAAGAGAUUGUGUCUUUGCGGGAUCUCAAGGUUUCCAUUAUUGAUGAAAUCAAGAGUUUGGUGAAGGAAGUGAAAUCCAUACAGGCACGCUUAGAUGUGUCAGAACAUCUCCCUAUUCCCCUGAUCCCUCAGUUACAUCCAGAUGAGGUUCCUGAAAAAAUAGUUGAGUACAACAGUGAUGUCCUCCUAAAGUUCAAAGAGGAGCAGGAGGCCAAGGCAAAGCUCAAGGAGCCAUUGGAAGGGUGUCCCUCAUUUCGCGCAUUUAGGCACGUGCUUCUUCAAACUCCUUCAAUGGAAGAGGGUGACCCCACGGCACAGGCUGGAGAUGCAUCUGCUGUGGUCACAGAGGAGCAGCAGGCUUUUGUGAUGGAGAAGGCAGAGCCAACAGAAUUGGAACUGGAAAUUUUAAAGAGGGAGAAGAUAAAAAAUCUAUACUUGCAGGAGACCUUGAUUAAAAAGAUCAACACACUGGUGAUCAACUUUGAUGCUGAACUUCACCUUUUGCGGCACCAGAAGCUGAAAAUGGAUAUGCAGCUGAAAAGUGCUGAUCUGCGCUGCAUCACAUGCUGUGAAGAGCUGCUUAUCCUGAAGAAACUUGAGAUACAUGAGGACCUUCUUGAGGAGCAAAUUGGUGCCCUCAUUAAUGAACAGGAGGACAUGCAAUCAAAAUUGAAGAGCUACCUUGCACAAAUAGAAGAUAGAAAGUGUGAGAUUGUAAUGCUUCAGGAACGUGAGAAAGCUCUUUAUGCCAGCUUUGAAGCAUCCCUUGGAGAAGACAAUGAAUUUGCUGAUUUUCUGACCAAUCUUUUGAAGCAGGAAGUUGAGUAUGUGGAAAAAGAAGAAGUAGGAAGAGAAGCAGAUAAAGAAAAUGAGAAUGAAGAGAAGGACGAUGAAAAACCUGACAUAAAGACUGAUGAAGAAAAUUGUGGAUCUGAAGAUGUAGCCUUUGGUGACUCCAUUUGCCCAGAAGGCUGCAGUGAGGAUCUCUUCCUGAACACCAUCCAGCUCCGGCAGCAGCGGAUAGGCAUUGAGAAAGCUUUAGAAGAGGAGAAGAAAGUUGCUGCUGACCUCAAAAAGGAAUAUAAUGCCUUGGCCUUAAAGGCAAAAGAAGUAGAUACCAGUCUGGACACAGCAAACAGGGAACUGGAGGCCUUUCAGUGGGAAAAGCUGCACAGGCUGAAUGAGCUGUAUGUAGUUGUACCUUUGAGACUCCAUCAGGUGCAGUGCUUGGUUGAUGGGGAGAUGCCCCGUGACUUCUCCCAUACUUUAGUAUUUACCAAUGAGUCCUUGCAGUACCUGAAGAAGAGAAUUGUGGACCUACGUAAUGAAAAGAUAAUGCAAAGAGAGACCCAUAAGAAGGCCAAGGAGCAACAUAAGCAGCUUCUCCAGGACAAAAAGGAGAUGGAGAUGGAGAUUCAACAACUGGAGGAGAAGUGCAAUCUUCUGAUGAUGGAGAAGUUUGGUCGGCUGGUUGAUUUUGAAGCAGUUCAAGCUCACUCUGUUAAUAUACCCAUGGAGCAGAUGAAAGUGAGAAUAAUGGAGAAAGAGUAUGAGCAUUUCGUGGAGCUCAAAGAAUGGGAGGAAAGAAUUGUAGUCCUGCAGCAUCAGCUAGCGAAGCUGACAAGGGAAAACACCAGCAAGCUGCACCAGAUGAACAGGUUUUGCCAGGAAAAGCAUCAGCUCGAAACUGAGCUGGAAUCACUGACAACUGGUCAGGGUGGAGAAUUUGAGGGCACCCAAAAUGCUGACACCAAAGAGACAGCCAGGCUGGAGUCACAGCUCACACAGAUAACUUGUGAGGUGGCCUUUCUGAGACAGGCAAUCAGCCAGAAUAGAUUGGAUGUAAAAGAACUCGCUUCCCUUAGGAGAAAAGGUGGGCACCUCUUACCAAAGGACUCUGAGACUCCAACUUCCUCUUCAGAAAUAGUCACUAACAAUUCAAGUCACCCUUAAAAUUAACUGUGGCAGCAGUCAUGCUUGGAGGUGCAAAAUUAAUUGGUUUUGGCUAUCCAGGGGUUUAGUUGUAAGGGGUUACAUUUGUUUUUUCUAUCAAAACAUGACUGUAACAUAUAUGGAAUAAAAAAUAGCAAAUGAAACUACUAAAUACUGUUAUCAGUCCAUUGCAGAGGGUUGUACUGGACAAGGUGCCCUUUGUGUGUCCAUGCAUGUGCAUUAUGUCUAUGUCUACUCUUCAAACAAGUGGCUGUGGAAAGCUGGUUUGAAGUUUCACAGCAGAAAAUAUUAGUUUGGUAUCUUGUUCUCAAAAAUGGUGAAAUUAGUCUGCCUCAAGCAAGCAUUGGCAGUGGCCCUGCUGGCCAGGAGAAAGCAAAGGGGCCUUUCUCCUCAGGGCAGGAUGUAGCAUUUACCUAGCCAGGAGGAGGAUGUAACAAUGCUAAGUCAGCCUGUAAUUCCACUGGCCUGAUCAGUGAAAGGGCCAAGCUCUGUUUUCAGGUGUUGCUCUUUUUUGUCUCUCAUUUGGUGUGGUGGCAGCAUGUGAUCAUUUACAGCACUUACCUUGUAUUGACUUUAAAAUCUUCCUUCAGCCUCAGGGUGGAGGGGUUGUGUUCUCCCCAUGGAAGGCUCUUGAGGUGCUAAUUUUUAUUGAAUAAAUUAAACAAUCUCCAGCUGCUCUUGCUGUUCCCUCCCCACUCCCCACCUCUUGCCACAGGUCUUUGUGUUUCUGUCUGGUGUAUGCUCAGCAGGGCUCCAGCCAUAUCCCAGCCAGGCACAAGAACUUCCUGCUGGUCCCAGCACAAGCCUGUGAACAGUGCUUGUGCAGGCUGCCUUUACAGGGGGUCCUUGCUGAGGAACACACCUGGUGCUGGGAGCUCUUGUGCAGCUGCAGGUUGUGCCCUGGGAGGUGGGAAACGGCAGGAGCCCGAGGAGAGGGGCUGUGAACUGGCACCAAAUCCCUUGCCUAACAAAGAGCAAGGACAUCCAGUGGCAGCUGGGUAACCAGACAGCCAGAGGCUCAGCUGGAGACAGGGAACAAGAAGACCCCAGACUAAGUGUCACCAGUGACUAUUUGGAAAAUUCUAACUGCAGGAAAGUGUCACCUUUCCCCAGGUGUCCUGCUUGCUGUACAUCUGCAAGUGUAAAAGAAAGAGAAGGCUCAGUAUGUGUGAGGAGUUAGCAUAGAGCCAGGCACAGCAAAGACUAAAGCCUUUAUUUUAGAUGUUAAAGCGUGGAUUUGUCUUUACAGAUAGGCGGCUGCAGAUGGCAUGUAUGUGAAAGGUUGUCUAAGUUGAUCAGGCAGAGUGCAUAACUCCAGUCCAUUCACAGGAGUGUGUUCAUGGAACAAACCUUCAUGGGGGGGAGAGGAAAAGACCUUUUGGACAGCAUUAUUUGUUGUGAAGCCCUCUAGGCUGCAAGAGGGUGGUGGCAGCUCUGUUUGGACCCAUGUCCCGCAGUGUCCCUUGUCCAGCUGUUUCCAUUGUGUGCUCUUGAUGCUGCCACCGAGAGCUGCUGCCUUGUUU